AUGGCGCGAAAUAAAAUUGCCUUGAUCGGCUCAGGUCAGAUCGGUGGCACGCUCGCUCAUCUGGCAGGUUUGAAGGAACUGGGAGACAUCGUUCUCUUCGAUAUCGCGGAAGGUGUGCCGCAGGGCAAGGCCCUGGACCUGGCAGAGUCUUCCCCGGUAGACGGCUUCGAUGCCAAGCUGGCCGGUGCAAACGGCUAUGAAGCGAUCAGCGGAUCGGACGUGGUCAUCGUGACUGCGGGCGUGCCGCGCAAGCCGGGCAUGAGCCGCGACGAUCUUCUGGAAAUCAACCUGAAGGUCAUGGAACAGGUCGGAGCCGGCAUCGCCAAACAUGCGCCUGAUGCGUUCGUCAUCUGCAUCACCAACCCGCUGGAUGCAAUGGUCUGGGCCCUGCAGAAGUUCUCCGGGCUGCCGAAGAACAAGGUCGUCGGCAUGGCCGGUGUGCUCGACAGCGCCCGCUUCCGGUAUUUCCUUGCGGAGGAAUUCAACGUUUCCGUUGAAGACGUGACGGCAUUCGUUCUGGGUGGUCACGGCGACACGAUGGUGCCGUUGACCCGCUAUUCGACAAUUGCCGGUAUCCCGUUGCCGGAUCUGGUCAAGAUGGGCUGGUGCACCGCCGAGCGUCUGGACGAAAUCGUUCAGCGCACACGUGAUGGCGGCGCCGAGAUCGUCGGCCUUUUGAAAACCGGUUCGGCUUUCUACGCCCCGGCGGCUUCCGCCAUCGCGAUGGCGGAAAGCUAUCUGAAGGACAAGAAACGUGUCCUGCCAUGCGCGGCCGCCCUCGACGGUCAGUAUGGCCUGAAAGACACAUAUGUCGGCGUCCCGGUUGUCAUUGGGGCCGGCGGUGUCGAACGCGUCAUCGAAAUCGACCUUCAGGGCGAGGAGAAGGCCAACUUCGAAAAGUCCGUCGGUUCGGUCGACGGUCUGGUUGAAGCCUGUAAGAAAAUUCAGCCGGCGCUCGCCUAA